AUGGAAUAUUGUCCGAAUGGAAAUCUUCGAGAAUUCUUACGAAACAAUCGGAGUUGGUACAACGUGGAGGAAGAAUCAUUCGAUCCAGAUCUUUCCCAAGUGUUUGGUCCAAAAAAUUUGAUAUAUUUUGCUUGGCAAAUAACAAAAGGGAUGACAUUUUUGACCUCAAGAAAGGUAAAGGUUCCCCAUCCUAUUAUAAGCCUGACCAGAUCCUGUACACACACUAUAUGUAUCAGUUUCCCCAUGUCUCUACCGCAGGCAUAGAUUGAAUGAAGAGCCGGAGUGAGUUCAGAGCCGUACGGAUAGCUCGUUGGGAAAGAGCACAAUGCUCCUUUGCUAGUGAUAACUUCGUUUUAUUGCGAGCACAACAUUUGAUGUAAGGAGAAUCUUGUCAAAUUCUAUUUCGAUAUACAGUAAUUUAUCAAUGAUAUGUAGCUAAGAUGACGUCAGAAGCAGGAUACACUAUUUGACAUUCCACAUAACUCUAAAAUCUCAUAUAUUCAUGUGUAAGUCUAAUAAGUCGAACAAUCGAUAUACUUGCAUUUCAUGUAUUUCGUACCGUGCAGUGAGUUUGACGUCUUUGACGCGAUUGCAAUGUUUGAAAAUUUUCUACCAAAACCGACUUAAAUUACAUUCAUUUACAAUUACCUUUUAAUGGCAAAGAAAUGUUUGUCUUAUUGUCGUACCAGUUUAACAAUCUAUCAUUCUUGGCAAGGUUGUAAAAAUAAAUGUAUUUCAAAACUUUUUCUGUUAUUCCUGCAGAUAAUUCAUCGAGAUCUGGCUGCACGAAAUAUCUUACUCGGACAGAAAUAUGUAGCAAAAAUUGCAGACUUUGGAUUGGCCAGAGAUGUUUAUAAGUAUCAACAAUACUUAAGAACAUCAACAGUAAGUCUACAACCAUCAAUUUUGCUUAUUUAUAUUCUCACUAUCCUGAAAUGUUCAGUUUUUUGAAAAAUUACCGCUUAACUGCGCAUGCUCUAAAAAUCUAAUGAUGAAAAAAUAAUUUUAGAAAUUGCAAAGCCAGACCUAAAGGCGCCAAAAUAAUUAUGCUCUCAUCUUAGUCGUGCGAAGACGUGUUGAGCCAAAACUUUCAAUUGCAACGCCGAUGCUUUCCUCCAAGUUUCAGCUUUUCUCCUUUCAUAAACCAAUCCAAAGCCGUUAUAGAUGAUUUCUAGGAAGAUCUGUUUGAAGUUGUCAUAUUUUAAGGUUUUUUGCAGGCACUGUACCUUUCUGGAAAGAACGUUACCUUGACUUUAAGGUCUCGUUUUCUUAUUGAGGUUUUGGUCUUUAUCUUACACAUACAAAAACACAAGCCUCGUUCGGUAAAGUGACGUACAUUCCGUAAGAAUGUAUUCAUGAAAUGUGGCAUUUUAAUUUCUAGGGACUAGUUCCUUUCAAAUGGAUGGCUGUUGAGUCUAUCAGGGAUUCAUUAUUUACUGAGAAGUCGGACGUGUAAGUAAAACCGUAAGGAGAGUGUUGGUUAAACAUGUAAUUAGCAUCUACAAAAAUGUGCCAGAUAGAUGUGAAAUGGAAGGCCUAUUCAAAUAUUCUGGCCAGUACAAGCUGGGGAAAUAUAUUAAAUUGAAGGAAUGUAUAACUUAAGGAGGAGUUUUGAAAACUCGCACGCAUGUGCGAUGAAUGAGUGAUUGAUUAACUUUGGGAGAAAUGCAUCGUUCAAAGAACUAACGCAUGAGCGGGAACAGUUUUCAUUGGCGUUGCAUAUUUUGUGUACUUGAAAAUCGGAAUUUCAUUGGCACGUUUUUGUUCGAAAAAUUGAAAUUGGAAGGUCUUAAUAGGAUUUAAGGUUUCUCAAUUCCAAGGCAAUAAUUUCACAUUCCGAGUAAAUAUUUGAGGGCAUUUAUUUGUUCCUAUAGUUCGAAUCAUCUCUCCGUUUAGGUGGUCAUUUGGUGUUUUACUUUGGGAAAUCUUCUCAUUGGGUGAGUAAUUUUAUGGCUUCUUUUAUUUUUCUCGAAAUUAUUAGUGCUAACUAUAAACGAAUUCAAAAUCGUACAAGAUGGGGUAGAGGAAGCGUCAGCUGCCUUCACCCAAAAAUUUCAGGUUGGGCAAAUUGUAACAUAAGUGCGCAAUUUCUAUGAGCUUUAAACGUAAGUUGGGCAAAAAGAUGGGGGGGGGGGAGCGAGAGAUUGAAAAGCAAGAAAUGUGUAAGAUAAUAAUCAAAUAAGCAAGAAAUAUGAAAUGCACCCCCCCCAGGCACCAAGAAUUUUUUGGAAUAAGCAGAAAAACAGCUUUGAUUGGUCGGGCAAAAAUACAUCAAACUCGGCGGAAAAUUUCUUUCUGCCCCACUAUAUUUUCCUCGGAUCCUGUACACCGAUGCGCGAAAUGUAUCAUCACUUUGCAUUGUUUGCAACGUACCAGUUUGGGUAUCAAUUUCAUUUAGUAAGAUACAAUGUGUACAUAGUCAGAGUUGUAUCACUUGCAAAAUAUAUUGCUUUCAGGUGGGACUCCUUACCCAGGAAUGUAUGUCAAUGAAGUACAUCACUACUUGUUACAAGGGAACCGAAUGGAACCACCUAUUCAUUGUCCUCAUGAAAUGUGAGUAUCGAAUGUGAUUAAUUAAUUAAGAUAACAAAGAAAUUAUAAGUAGACUGAUUCACAAAAUAGUUGUCAUUCUUUUUUUCUUCCGAAAUUAAUUUCAACCGUGGUAAUUCAUUGCCGUCAUAUAGAAUUCUUCAAGACUAACAGUUUGACAAAGUACAGUAUAAAUAUAAUAUAUAAUACCAUAUAUCUAUUCUUUUCGAGAAUAAAUGAUAGAAAUAGAGGAGUCGCCUGACUUGCCUUGUUUUAGUACUUCUCAAGGAGCUAUAAUUUCGUUUGUAUGUAUUAUUUUCAAUCUUAGGCCUGUUUUAUACGUCGAAAUUCAGUCGCGUCGAAUGCAAUUCAAACAAUAGAUAAUGAAGCUAUUUACAUUCAACGCGACCAACAUUCGACGUAUAUAAAAGAGGUCUAAAACUCUUACACUUUGCCUCUGUUGGUAUAUUGUUUGUUGUGUAGACUAAUAAUUCGUAAGCAUAUUAUAAUAAUGCAAAAUUUGGGUAGCUAGUUUUGGAAUCGGUCAAUAAAUUAACUAUAUACUAAGUAGGAGACGAUUCGUCUCAAUGUUCGAGCAACAUGCACGUAUCCAAAAAUAAAUCAUAACAAAGAGAAUGCAAUACUUCAACAUCAACUAUAUAGUAACAUCGGGAAGCCCGGCAAAUUUUAAAGCAACAAAAUAGAAGACUUUUGUUGGAUGUUGAACUGUACCAUACCGUGCACAAAUCCUUUUGUCAACUUCAUCAAAAAUAAUAUUCAUCGUGGCUGCUCGUUUCAUCUCAGUUAUUCCUAUUUGACGGUUUAACUUAAUUAUACGAAAAUAUAGUGAGCUCAAUCACCGUGCCCGUUCCCAAAUUAAAAUAAACUCAUAUAAAAACAUAAUACAAUGACUUUUGUAUAGUUUCCAGACCAUUACACCUUGAUAACUAUAUGACAUCGACAAGUGGACGGAUACACUUAGAGACGAUUUAUAUUAAUUUGUCGGAUGCUUUCGUAAAAACUUGAUUAACCGAUAUAAAUAUUUUACAGCGUUUCGUUAAACAGUAUCUUGCAGUCGCAGACGCUAAGGGAAAUUAUAUUAAUUACAUGCACAAUUUCUUGGAAAACUGACUCACAAAAUUGGAAACAUUGCGUAUAGGUGCGCGUAAAACUGUAAAACUAAAAAUAAUUGUUAAAUAAUAAGGAAACUGCAGAAUUAUUAUGUAGGUGAUUGUGCGAUUGUAUGUUAAGAGGAGAUUUUUUUGUAUGCUACGUAACACGCGCACAAAACUAAUGUGUAUAGUAUACCACUUGAGGUUAUGACUAAAUUCAAAAUUUUUAUUUUUCAAUACGUUUCUCAAUCGGCAAACAAACUUAAAAAGUAUAUUUGAUGUUUUAUCUGUAAAAUAAUGCUAAAAUGAAGAGAUUUUAGAUGAUACGACAAAGAGAAAAUGAUGUCUGAAGUUCAGUAAGUUUUGCAUAUAUGGCUGAAAGUAUGGCGUCAAUUUUAAGCAAUAUUGAUUUUAAUUGACAAUUUUUAACUAUUAUUUUAUGUUUCUCAACCGGAAGAUGCAUUAAAAAAGGUAGCUAACUCUAUAAACUAGAGAAUAAAGCUAAAACAGAGUAAUUUUGGGAGGAACAUCAGAAAUAUUUUAGGUUUUGAACACUUUUCAUUGCAAAUACGUGACAUUGAAAAAAAUUGCCUCUUAAUUAACUGGCGUACAUCAACGUUAAUUGUUCAUCUAUGUUACGCGAAGAAACAAUACGUCUUAGAUGCGAAACUUUGUCUUAACCCUAUCCAGACGGGGGAGCGGCGCUGAUUAGUAUAACCAGUAUAGGCUGAUUAGAUAACCAGUAUAGGUAUGGUUCUGAAACUUUACAACGUUACGUUUCCUAAAUUUCUAUGAGCUUUAAUUAUUAUGUCUAGAAAACGUAGGGAAAAAUAUUACGCCAAAAAAAGUUACAGCCUAUAGUCGUGAACACAUGUCAAAAAUUAAAUUUCAGCAUUUUAAUUAAACUAUAAUAGCUGCAAUAGAUUCAAAAUAAGCACAGUCUUUUUAACAAAGAGAAACUAUUUUUCUGAUAUAUCCUUCCUUUUUUAUCCUGACAAAACAGCUAAAAACGACACCAACAAAAUAAUUUUGAACAUUUUAACAAUCUAGGUUUUGCAAUUAACGAUGCCAUAUUUUUUGCCAUGCAUGUGUCAUAAUAUACUUGAACAAGGCAUACUAAAGUAUCCAUCUGUAAAAGUUUUGUCGGAGUACACCAAUUUUUUUAGGAUAUAUUGAUCUCGGAUAAUUACUACCCACAUCAAGCUCCCCGCUCAUUCCCAGAACACCCUGAAAAAUACCAGUGUGGAUAGGGUUAAAAUGGAACUUGCUUCUAAAAAUUAUGAAAUAAAAUUGUCAUUACAGCAACGAAGUUAUGUCAAUGUGCUGGAAAGAAAAUCCUGAAUAUCGCCCAAAUUUUCUAAGUUUAAGAGACAUACUCUACAAAAUACUUGAUUGGAAAGAAAUCUCACAGGUAUGCAAUGUAAGCAUUAAAACAUCUAAUAUAUUGCAGACGUUAUCCUAGCUAUUCAGACUGAAAAUUGGUUCAUACUGAGUCAUCUAAUAUUGCAAAGAAAAGCUAACUUGUGAUAAAGAUUUUACCCGAGGCGAACCAUGAUUAAGUUGUUCAAAUCGGGUUGAAGACUCUUUCUAGAUCUCACAUUCUUUCAAUCGGUCAUUCGUUUUGUUAACAUGAUCGUUAUGAGCGUACGAGCGGAUCAGUUCCUUCCGGCGGGGUAGGGGCUGCUUGAAAUGUUGCUCUAAUUUUUGUGGGGGACCAUGUCCCUCUUCCCUGUCUCGCACGCCUAUAUGAUGAUCGUCAUAGUACCUUUUCUUAACCCUAGACAUCUGCAUACAACAAAGAAAUCGUGAAGUCAAAUGAGAUUGAAUCAGAGGAAGACGUCAACGAAAAUGAACUAUUCAUAUAAAAUUAUAAAUCUAUCUUGCUUCUAUUUACUAUUGAACUAUUUACCAGACUCUACAGAGCUAUUUGCUCAACUUGCUGGAUAGAUUUAACAGGAAAUUUCGAACAAGAGAAUGAAGUACAAUUUAAACCUAACCAGGAGCAGUUACGAAAAAUUCAGCUAUAGCCUUCUGACAGGAAUCGUGCAGCCCAGCUCAGGUCUUAGUCCAAUUGUCCAGAUCUCAGAUGACUGCACGUCAAUCGAAAGGUCGCAGGUUCGUUUACUGCCCGAGGGCAUAUGGUUGCAUUUAUUGCACCUGCUUCUCGUUAGGUCUAAAAUUGUACAGUAUAAUAUAAUCUUGAACUAGAAAUUUCCAAGCAUCCACAAAAUAAAAUUAUUCAACUACUUAUCAGAAAUUUGAAUAAAAUAUUGC